AUGGAAGCCCACAAUGGGGAUCUUACAGCCAGGGAGACCUGCAAGGCGGGAUUCUCUGAAGAAGAUUACACAGCGUUAAUCUCCCAGAAUAUUCUGGAAGGAGAGAAGGUCCUCAAAGUCACGUUCAGCAGCUGUCUGGGCACCCAGGGGACGCAGUAUGAGACCAACAGUGUGGACUUCAAAGUCGGGGCCGACGGGACGGUCUUCGCCGCCCGGGAGACACUCAGUCUGCAGGGGAGUGGCCAGUGCCUUCCAGCGGAGGUAGGCACCCAAGCCCGGAGGGUGCAGACAGACCACCAUGAAGCCCCCAACGGCGGAAUUCCCGGCAAGGACAAAUCUGGCCAAGACCUCGAUUCUUCGAGCCCCGCUGCCUAUCACCGCCUCCUCGUGGUCCGCCCCCGCGAGUGGGCAGGAGCCCAUUGUGUUACCACGGACGCCCAGCCAUUUUUACCGACAUCAUCUAAUCUUUCCCUGGAUCCAGAUUCUCUCAACAGAUGCCUUUCCUCUGCAAAACUUAACCAGGCUUCUUUGGCUCUUCUCUACCCCCCCCACCCCCGAAUCACGCAGCAGAAGGGGAAGAAGAGCGCGGCUCUGGACCCCUCCCCGCCUCCGAGCGACACGCUGAUGCCGUGGCCCCAGCUCCCGAGCGCCAGCGGGCUGAGGCGGCAGAAGCGAGACUGGGUCAUCCCCCCGAUCAACGUGCCGGAGAACUCCCGCGGGCCCUUCCCUCAGCAGCUGGUCCGGAUCCGCUCGGACAAAGACAAUGACAUCCCCAUCCGCUACAGCGUCACCGGCGUGGGCGCCGACCAGCCCCCCAUGGAGGUCUUCAGCAUCGACUCCAUGUCUGGCCGGAUGUACGUCACGCGGCCCAUGGACCGGGAGGAGCGCGCCUCCUACCACCUCCGCGCCCACGCCGUGGACAUGAACGGCAACAAGGUGGAGAACCCCAUCGACCUGUACAUCUACGUCAUCGACAUGAAUGACAACCGCCCCGAGUUCAUCAACCAGGUCUACAACGGCUCCGUGGACGAGGGCUCCAAGCCAGGCACCUAUGUGAUGACCGUCACGGCCAAUGACGCGGACGACAGCACCACGGCCAACGGGAUGGUGCGGUACCGGAUCGUGACCCAGACCCCCCAGAGCCCGUCCCAGAACAUGUUCACCAUCAACAGUGAGACCGGGGACAUCGUGACGGUGGCGGCUGGCCUGGACCGAGAGAAAGUUCAGCAGUACACGGUCAUUGUUCAGGCCACAGACAUGGAAGGAAACCUUAACUACGGCCUCUCCAACACAGCCACCGCCAUUAUCACCGUAACAGACGUGAACGACAACCCGCCGGAGUUCAUGGCGAGCACGGUGCGGACACCACAGAUCCCCCCCAGCACCGGACAAGAUUCUAGACCACCCGACCAGGUCGUGACUGAGGAGCAGGAUGAGAAACCAAGUUCCCAGAAAAUAAAGAACCGAAUUCAGAAGGUGCUGGAGACGGCAGCCUGUAAGUGCGCCAUCUCCUCCAAGGAGGAGCACAUCAGACUCAGACAGGCACAGCUCCCUCCCAGCCUGGUACCUGGGCCGCAGCUUUUGAAGCUCAAAAGCCACGACCACCUCUUCCACUUGCCCACGGGCAGCAGCAAGGCUUGUCUGGGGCAGCUGCUCCUCCUCAGGGUGCAGACCCAGCCCCGGGUUUUGAGCAAAAGGUGGCGCCACGUCCGGAGGCAGCUGCGUGGAGACCCGGAUGACUUCAUCUCAAGACCUUUAACUCGCUGGCAUCUACAAAGACCCUAUGUGUCAAAAGGUCACAUGCACAAGUUCCAGAUGGACACAUCUUUGUGGACCACCCCCCCACCUGCUCCAACUCUGGAGGCGGCCCUGGCAAACAGCCGGGGCCUUGACCUGCUGCUCCCACUGGCCAAACGCAGCGGGAGGCAGAGAUGGAAGCUGCGGAUGGCGUCCCCGGGCACAGGACAGGCGGGAAGAGCAGGCAGCACCUGUUGGGCCGGCCCCGCAGCACCUCAGCCAGCUCACCCUCCCGGGCGUCUCUCCUUCCAGGCUGUCGACUAUGAGCUGAACAGGGCAUUCAUGCUGACCGUGAUGGUGUCCAACCAGGCGCCCCUGGCCAGCGGCAUCCAGAUGUCCUUCCAGUCCACGGCGGGAGUGACCAUCUCGGUCGUGGACAUCAACGAGGCCCCCUACUUCCCCUCCAACCACAAGCUUGUCCGCCUGGAGGAGGGCGUGCCCACCGGCACCGUGCUGACCACGUUCUCCGCAGUGGACCCGGACCGGUUCAUGCAGCAGGCCGUGAGAUACUCAAAGCUGUCGGACCCAGCAAACUGGCUGCACAUCAACGCCACCAACGGCCAGAUCAGCACGGCGGCCGUCCUCGACCGCGAGUCUCUCUACAUCAGGAACAACGUCUACGAGGCCACGUUCCUGGCAGCCGACAACGGGGUCCCCCCGGCCAGUGGCACCGGGACCCUCCAGAUUUAUCUCAUUGACACCAAUGACAACGCCCCUGAGCUGCUGCCCAAGGAGGCGCAGAUCUGCGAGAAGCCCGGCCUGAACGCCAUCAACAUCACCGCGGCCGAUGCCGACGUCGACCCCAACAUCGGCCCCUACGUCUUCGAGCUGCCCUUCGUCCCGGCCAGCGUGCGGAAGAACUGGACCAUCACCCGCUUAAACGGUGACUACGCCCAGCUCAGCCUGCGCAUCCUGUACCUGGAGGCGGGGGUGUACGACGUGCCCGUCAUCGUCACAGACUCCGGGAACCCGCCCCUGUCCAGCUCGUCCAUCCUCAAAGUCAAGGUGUGCCCGUGCGACGACAAGGGCGACUGCACCACCGUGGGCGCCGUGGCAGCGGCCGGCCUGGGCACCGGGGCCAUCGUGGCCAUCCUCCUCUGCAUCGUCAUCCUGCUGACCAUGGUCCUGCUGUUCGUCAUGUGGAUGAAGCGGCGGGAGAAGGAGCGCCACACGAAGCAGCUGCUCAUCGACCCCGAGGACGACGUGCGGGACAACAUCCUCAAGUACGACGAGGAGGGGGGCGGCGAGGAGGACCAGGACUACGACCUCAGCCAGCUGCAGCAGCCGGAGGCCAUGGAGCACGUGCUGAGCAAGGCCCCCGGGGUGCGGCGGGUGGACGAGCGGCCCGUGGGCGCCGAGCCCCAGUACCCGGUCAGGCCUGUGGUGCCCCACCCGGGGGACAUCGGCGACUUCAUCAACGAGGGGCUUCGAGCGGCCGACAACGACCCCACGGCGCCCCCCUACGACUCCCUGCUGGUCUUCGACUACGAAGGAAGCGGCUCCACUGCGGGCUCUGUCAGCUCCCUGAACUCGUCCAGCUCCGGGGACCAGGACUACGACUACCUGAACGACUGGGGGCCCAGGUUCAAGAAGCUGGCGGACAUGUACGGGGCGGCGAGGAGGACUAACCGGCCUCACUGCCCCGAUGCGAGAGAGCAGCGCUCGGACGGACGGACGGACGGGAGGAGCAGGCCUGGAGGCGGCGGCUGGCCCUCCUGGCUCCCGCGGCCGGCCACUUAGCGGUGUGCUGGGGCCCCCCCGCCCCAGCCCCCGACGCUGAGCUGCCUGGCAUGAACACUCCUGGCCCCGCGGUCCGCCGCCCACCCCGGUAGCUGACUGAGCACUACAGGCGAGCGAGAGGCACUCUGUCUUAACUUGAAUUUCUUAGAACAGAAGCACUGUUAAAAAAAAAAAAGUGCCUUUUGGUACAUGUAUCAGAUUCCCUCAAACUCAGGAGCGACUAAAAGCAAGAGACAGACCAAGCCCCCGCCGAGUCCUGAGCACCCCCAGCCCCAGCCCGGCCCGGCUCUGAAGGCGCCAAUUAAGGAACUGGGGAGGAUGUGGGGGGUUUCAGUCUAUGAUUAAGAAAAAAAAUGGGUGACUCACUUGACAAAACUGGCAAAUAGUUUAGGGUCCAAACUCCACCAGCCCUUCUGAGUCCUGGCGCUUUGCUGUACACAGUUGGGGGGGGUCUCCUGGGCCCCUUGGGGAUUCCCAAGGCCGGUGGGAGGCGGGAGGCCGGCCUUCGGCUCCCACAGCAGCAAGUCCCCCUGGGGCGGGCCAAGCCCGUGGACCAAAGUCCCACCAUGCAAUUUGGCUACACUGAGUUGUCAGCUACCCUGGCUCCCAGAUGCUGGAAAUAGCGGGGGCAGGUGGGGUUCCCAGGAGCCAUCCGUGCCUGAUGCGCCCCAUCUUGGCCAUUCCCAGGGCCCCCUAGUCAAUGAUUAGGCCUCCUCCAGGGCCAACUGUGACCCCAAAUACCACCCAGGUCCCCACUGGCUUUGGUCCAAGCGAGUAUGGCAUCCCAAGAAACCACAACCAAAACCAGCCAGCACCCCACCAAACCCCGGCAUGAGCCGCCCCCAGACCCGGGCAGACUCCCCAGGGACCCCACCAGAGGCCCAGCGAACA